AUGUUUCCCAAAUUAUUCAGUGUUCGAAUCAUCAAUGAAUUAGAAGGUGUUGUUGCUAUUCGGGUGUUUUAUGCCAAGCCAAACGAAACUCUUCCAAUCUAUGAAGAAUUUCAAGUAAAAAUCAAUCAUGCUCACUUGUUUGAAAAAAUUGAAGAGGUGAAUGAAUUACAAUCGAAUAGUACUGUAUCACCUCCUCUACAACCGUCAUCAUCAUCUGCUUCUUCUACAGAUAAUCAAAUGAAUGAUGAAGAAGCUGAAAAGGAAGAAUCCAGAUAUUACAUUGAUAAAAUUCAAGUCUUUCUAGGUGAGGGAAAGGAGGAGAGGAUGUGGACUUUUGACUCACCUUUUCUCACCCAAGAUUCACAGAAGGAAACAUUUGUGCUUAUUCGAGAUAGGAAGGGUGAGGUAGAAUUGAGACAUCUUCGUGACAAAGAUUUGAGAACAAAGUAUGACUAUUCACAAGUAUUUGGAAACUCUGCAGAUGACAUUUUGGGUUUUUAA